AUGAUAUUCAACAAGGUCUUCGCCGUUGUUACUGCCGUUGUCGGAGCUAGCUCUUUGUUCGCCAGUGUGGCCGCUCUACCUGCCAACCUUACCGAGUCCGCAGUCGAAGCACGCUCAAUCAACCCCAGUGGCACUCAUACUGGACAAUUGACAUACUUCUCGAUCGGACUUGGGGCUUGCGGCUGGACGAACUCGGAUACUGAAUGGGUUGCUGCUAUUUCUCAUGAGCUCUUCGACAACUGGCCAGGCUACGCUGGAGGAAACCCCAACAACAACCCUGUCUGCACUACGCCCCACACUGCUGACAUUACCUAUGGCGGCAAGACCAUUCGCGUCGGGAUUGUUGACCGUUGCGAAGGUUGUGCUCUCUGGGACCUUGAUCUCUCGCCCUCUGCCUUCCAGCAGUUCGCCCCGUUGGCUACCGGCCGUCUGUAUGGUGCUACAUGGCACUUCAAUUAA